GCUGUUUUCUAAGCCGUGGAAGAGAGACCCAGGGAUUUAGUCGCAGUUCCUCAGUGCCUGCUGUGUCCCGGGCCGGAUGCGCGCGGACAUGGAGAGUGUCAGCCUCCAGCGACCCGCCUGGAAAUGGCAAGUACUGAGUUUGUUUUUGCUCUGCGGCUGGGGCUGGGUCUCCGGGCAGAUCCACUACUCGGUGGUUGAGGAGUCAGAGUUGGGAACCGUGGUGGGGAACGUGGCCCGGGACCUGGGCUUGAAGGUGGAGGAGCUGCCGGGUCGCAGGCUGCGCCUGGGCUCAGAGGAGAGCUUGCGCUACUUCGCCGUGCGCCUGGACAGCGGCACGCUGGUGGUGAGCCAGCGGCUGGACCGCGAGCGUCUGUGCGGAGCAGCUGCCAGCUGCGUGCUGUCGGUGCAGGUGGUGACAGAGAACCCCCUGCAGCUCUUCCGCCUGGAAGUGGAGAUCCUGGAUCUGAAUGACAACUCCCCGAGCUUCCCCACCGCUCACCGCACCCUGCGCAUCGCCGAGUCUGCCACGGUGGCUGCGCGCUUCCCCCUGGAGAGCGCGCAGGACCCCGACGUGGGCACUAAUGCUGUGAGCUCCUACUGGCUGAGCCCGAACUCCCACUUCUCCCUGGACGUCAAGCAGCAGCCGGAUGGCAAACUCUUCCCGGAGCUGGUGCUGGAGCAUGCCCUGGACCGGGAAGAGCAGCCAGAAGUGCAGCUGGUGCUGACGGCCGUGGAUGGGGGAAGCCCAGCACGCUCAGGCACGGCGCAGAUCACGGUCCAGGUCCUGGAUGUCAAUGACAACGCACCCAUCUUUGACCACACCACGUACAAGGUGAAAGUCCCGGAAAACACACCUGUGGGGGCUGUGCUCCUCCGGGUCAAUGCGUCUGACCCCGACGAGGGUCCCAACGGGGAGACACAGUAUUCCUUUGGGGUUCACACCUCUGACUCAGUGCGGAGGCUCUUUGCCCUGGAUCCCCACUCUGGCGAGGUCCGGGUGAGUGGGGCCCUGGACUUUGAGGAAUCACGUUUCUAUGAGAUCUAUGUGCGAGCCCACGAUGGAGGGGUCCCAGAGAUGGAGGGCAAUUGUGUGCUGCAGGUGCAAGUGGAGGAUGCCAAUGACAACCCCCCAGAGGUGCUGCUCACAUCCCUGUUGAAUCCGGUGCCAGAAGACACCCCACCAGAGACUGUCGUGGGGCUCUUCAAUGUACGGGACCGAGACUCGGGGGCCAAUGGGGAUGUGAGCCUGGAAAUCUCCCCCGAUGUGCCUUUUGCCAUCAGGUCCCUUCAGAACCACUUCUCCCUGGUCACCCAGAAGAGCCUGGACCGAGAGUCUACCUCACAGUAUGCAGUGGAGCUGAUCGCCCAGGAUGGUGGUUCUCCUGCCCUCACCACCACACUCACGCUGCUCCUCAAUAUAUCUGAUGUGAAUGACAACCCCCCACGCUUCUCGCAGCCCUCCUACGAAGCCUUUCUCCAGGAGAACAACCCGCCUGGCUCCCUGCUGUGCACCGUCUCUGCCUCAGACCCUGACGCCGGGGAUAAUUCCCGGCUUGUUUACUCCAUAGAGAGUGGCCAAGUGCAGGACGCCCCCAUCUCUUCCUUCGUCCACAUCAACCCUGACAACGGUAAUCUCUAUGCCCAGCGCACCUUUGACUUCGAGGUGCUGCAGGUUCUGCCGGUGUCUGUGCUUGUGAGGGACUCGGGGUCCCCCCCUCUGUAUGCCAAUAUUACCGUCUACAUCUUUGUGCUGGACCAGAACGAUCAUCCCCCCACCAUCCUGUACCCUGUCAGUGACAGCGAUGUGCCGGCACCCCAGAGGGUCCCGCUGUCUGCCCCACCGGGCUACCUGGUGGCCAAGGUGACAGCAGUGGAUGCAGAUGCUGGCCACAAUGCCUGGCUCUCGUACCGACUGCUGCCGCAGUCCACCGACCCCUCCUUGUUCCACGUGUCGCUGUACACCGGGGAGGUGCGGACGGCGCGUGCCUUCCAGGACAGCGACAUGGCAGUGCAGCAGCUCAUUGUCCAGGUGAUGGACAACGGUGACCCUCCGCUCUCCACCACUGCCACCAUCACUCUGGCUCUGGAGGAGGCAGCCCUGGAGGAGAGCUUCAAGCCUCAGGAUUUCCUGGCUGGUGCCAAGGAGAAGCCGGACCUGACCUUCUACCUGAUCAUCGCACUGGCAGCCAUUAGCACGGUGGCACUGGCCACUGUCACCCUCCUGGCCGCCCGGUGCCUCCGGCGCAGGGGCCGUGCCGCCGUCUCACCCUACUGCUGCUGCUGGCUCAGCGAGUCGCCCUCCCGGGACUUCUGCAAGCACUCCAGCCCCAAGCUCCAGCUCAGCUCCGACGGCACUCUUAAGUACAUGGAGGUCACACUGCGACCCACCGACUCCCCGUCCCAGUGCUACAGCACCUGCUUCUCCCCGGGCUCCGAGCGGAGCGACUUCACCUUCCUGCGGCCCUGCCCAACCCCCGCCACGCUGCCGAGGGAAAGCGGGGUUUUCCUGCCCGCCGCCGGCACGCUGCGGGACCGCGGCCAGGUGAGCGGCGGUGCCGGGGCGGGGUCCGGCGGUGCCGGGCGUUCCGACGGCGCGGUCCCCGCGGGGGGCGCGGAGCGGCCGCGCCGGUUCGCGGGCCGUGAUUGGCGCCGGUGUUGCUGUCCUGGGGAAGGAGCGCGGCGAUUGGAGCGGCGCCGCCGCGGCCGCAGCCAAUGGCGGGGCGGCUGCGCGGCCGCGCUCCCCCGCCCCGUCGAGCCGCGUCCGCCCCAAACAAUGAAUGGGAGCGGCGAGCGCUGA